GCAUCAAAAAGGCUCUGCAGAGUGAGCAGGCCCCAGUAGCCUGUGAUCCCAGCCAUCAGAGAGCCUGGCCUGGCCCCUCUGCUUGCCCCAGCCCGGGCAUCUAAGCAACACUGCUCAGAGAGGCCUUGUUCUCCAGCGUGAUUGCGCCGACACUGCUCUUUGGUUUUCUCUGCCUGGUGUGGGUUGCUGCUGCUGUUCCAGAAAAAACUAGAGGAAUGGCUGGGAGUGGAUCCAGGAGCCAGGGGGCCCGCCGGGAGCAUGCCUUUGUCCCAGAGCCCUUUGAUGGCAGCAACGUAGACCCACACGUCUGGCUGCACCGUUUUGACGUCAUCAAUGACCUUAACCACUGGGAUCAUCUCACCAAACUGAGGUUCCUGAAAGAGUCCCUCAGGGGAAAGGCCCUGGAAGCCUACCAUGGACUCAGCAACCAGGACCAAGAAGAUUAUGAGAAGGUGAAGGACACCAUCCUACAGACCUUCGGGGGGGCCUCAGGAGCCUACAGCCACCUGCCCAAGGAGAUCGUCUUUGCUUUCAGCAUGGGUAAGGGUUACUACCUCAAGGGGAAAAUUGGCGGAGUGCCUGUGAGGUUCCUGGUAGACUCAGGGGCCCAGGUCUCCGUGGUCCACCCCAGCCUGUGGGAGGAAGUCACUGAUGGUGACUUGGACACCCUGAGGCCCUUUGAGAAUGUGGUGAAAGUGGCCAAUGGGGCUGAGAUGAAGAUCUUGGGCAUCUGGGAUACAGUGGUGUCCCUGGGCAAGCUGAAGCUGAAGGCAGAGUUCCUUGUGGCCAAUGCCAGUGCGGAGGAAGCCAUCAUCGGCACUGACGUGCUUCAGGACCACAAUGCGGUCCUGGACUUCGAGCACCGCACAUGUACCCUGAAAGGCAAGAAGUUCCGCCUUCUGCCUGUUGGAGGCUCCCUAGAAGAUGAAUUUGACCUGGAGCUCAUAGAAGAGGAGCCCUCGGAGGAGGACCGCCAGCAACCCUCCUAUUGAAAAAUCCCCGCUUCCUCACCCCCACCCUUACACUGGUGAGAAGACCCACCACUUUAGGGAGACUUGGCCAACCCUCUAAAAACUAAAAUCACCCUGCCCUCCCUCCUUCUGUGGGGGCCUUCAUCUACCCCUGGUGGGGGAGGCUUCCUUGAAAAAGCACAGGUGAGGGAGAAGGGGCCCUUGGGUUGUCACGCUUCCCUUUGUGGCAAAUUCCUGAAGGCUAGAAGGUUCCAAGAAGGCUAGAAAUUACUGGGUUGCUUUUUGUUUAUUUGUUUUUUUGGGUGGGGGGUGGGGAGGGAGCUAUUGAGCUCUUGUCAUGUGGCAGCCUACUCAGCUGGGCUGGUUCUGGCUGUGGAGUUCUCAGGAGUUAAUACCCAGCUCCCCUGAGUGAGGGUCACAACUGCCUUGGGAUUCUUCCAUGUUGGGUCUUCACCCCUGUACAAUAUAUGCUUUAUUCUGUCAUUUGCUUUGAAAUUCAUUACGCCUUGUGCCAAUAAUUCAUUACUUCAAAACCAAUAAAGAUUGACUCAUGGAAAAAA